GCUUCAUCAACUAAGUUACCUCUGUACGUCUACGGCGUGAAUCAAUAUCGUGCGUCACGAGAUUUACUUCUCCACAAGGAUUUCCUUCUUUAAUCUCUCGCCUUUCUCUACCUAAGGACCAUCAUAACCACUCUUCUUCUUUCUUGUUCUCUUGUUGCCUACUUACUACUUCAUUCCAUAUACCUUCGCCCUUGUCUCACCUGGCUCGUGCUCUCUUUUACUUACUAUUUUGGACCCCUUUGGAUAUAAACAACAUCCAAUAUCGACCUUGAAAACAACAUUCUCUCUUCUCUUCAGCACGAUUACUCCUCUUCCCUCGGGAAAUAGUGUCUCUAGGCGAGAAGCAGUCGACAUGCUUUACUGGCAUUCAAACUAUGGCAAGGAACAGCUCGGACGGCGCAGAGAUUCUCGUCCACAUUACAGCACCAAGUCGGUCAACCGAUGAUGUUUCAUAUCGACAACUUGCGCAGGCGUAUCUAGCUUUUGAGCCUCAGAGUCGCACACAACUGUCUUUGAUAGCGUCACAGACAGGCGAGGAACAACGACAUGUGCCAGAAAGAUAUCAAGGGGCGCCAUCGCCUACUCAGACCAGGGUAACAACUUCGUUUGGACGAUCAUUUGAGAUUACAUCCCAAGAUCUAAGUUUUGAGGGAGUUAUAGACAAUCGCUCGUCGCCAUGCCUACCGCGUGAGGCAUUGGCUAGAAGUGCGAUCCCCUCAUCAGACCAUACUGGUUUCGGGUCAAUCAACUCCUGGUGUGCGCCUGCGAGUCAAGUUAGUGACUCGUAUCCCAUGCCAGAAGCUGCACUCUUGGACGUUUCACCGUCACGUAUACUACAGAGCUACAUCCGAAGAACUCAGUCAUCGCAGGCCUCUGCGUCAUUUUCAUCGCCAACUGCACAUAAGAAGCGUCCUCCAGUACCAGAAUAUGGACACAGAGUUGAUAUUCCCUCUUCCCUACCACCUCCCAGUCAAGAAGAAUCUCUACCUCUCGAGGUCCCUGGGUUUAUAGGGGCUCUACAUGUCGUACCCACGACACCACAACCAGACAAGGCAGCCGAGGUUCCCAUACCCUCGGCGGAUACAGAGGUGAUAGCCUUCGAGCAUUUGGCUCCAGAUAUCACUCAUAUUUCCGGCAGUGUGGUUAGCAGCCACUCGCCAGCUCCAUCGCCUCGCGCAGGGUCAGAACCUCCACCAUCAAAGCGAUCUAAGAUUGGACACUUAGAGCAUGGUGAUCUAGUCAGAAGCUCUAGCGAUACAGGCCCAGUCCUAUCAACGAGAAACUCACAGGGGGACCAAGUCAGUAGUAGCUUGGAAAUCCGGCCAUCAUCCCCAUCCGUGGGAGUUGACGACGUCGUUCCUGCAGAUUUGAUAUCUGAGAAGCUGGCAAAACUCGCCCGCGAUCUGUCGUCGAGAUAUCGUCCGACGACAAAACGUGAUAUCGAGCCCUUCGAACGAGGAUAUUGGCUUCUCAACUGCAGCGACUGGGAUCCAACUGUCCGGUUUGAUACUUGGGUGUUCCUCGCUAAUUAUCUCAAAAGUGGUUUGGCGGGCUGGGGAACUUGGUGUCGUAGAGACAAAACUCACGAUUGGAUACGCCUCUAUUGUUGGGGUCAUGUUGCGAAACAUACUUACUUGCUUCUGUACCUUGCGAGUGGAAGACAAGUCAAGACAAAUGGUGCGAAGUGGUAUGGAGCAGAUGGUGAAGUUGCUCUGGAAAUCCCGCCUUAUGAGAAGCAGGGAUGAAUGAGGUGACUCCUCACACCAGAUUUUAGUUUGGAUAUUAUACUCGGCUUGGCAUACUGGGAAGACUUGAAUAUUCGUAUCAUAAGCGAGGCGUUUGUCGGUUCUUUAUUUAGGUCUAGAUAACGGUUGCCAUGAACAUCAUCGCAACUGGAUAGAGCUGCAGAGCUUUGUCGUUUAACGUUUUACGGCGACAUAAAUAGACGAAACGCACGUUGCACAAG